AUGUGGAUUUGAUUACUUUUUUUUCAACAAGUUCAAGCUGAUGAAUUUAUAACAACAGGCUUGGGCACAGAAGUUUAUAUAACUUAUUCCCUAGUGAGUUUGCUUCUGAUUUCUAUCUCUGGGCUUAUGUCGGGCCUUACUGUAGGUCUAAUGUCAAUAGAUGAGUUAGAUCUAGAAAUGAAAUUAGCAUCAGGAACCCCUACGGAGCAAAAGCAAGCCCGAAAAGUCCUCACUCCCCCCCCCCCCCCUCCGUGAGCGAACAAAAAAAUUUUGUUCGCUCACGGAGGGGGGUUAAAUUUUUUUUUUUAAAAAAAAAUUUAUAUAUAAAUUUUAUAAAAAAUAUUUUUUUUUCGAAAUUUAAAAAAAUCCUAAUUUGCAAAAAUUGGGAAGCAAAUAUUAAUUUAAUUUGCAAAAUUUAUGUUUUAAAACGCAAUUUGUUUAAAAUUAAACAGAAUUAGCUCUAGAUUUCAUUAUACUAAUUAUCACUUAUAUAUCAAAAUUUUUUUCCAUUAAAAUUUUUUCUAUUAAAAAAAUUUUUGUUCACUCACGGAGGGUGGGUUUUGGUCAAAAAAUGGCGAUUUUUCUAAUGGUUUUGUUCGCUCACGGAGGGGGGGGGGGGAGUCAGUCAGUAUUAUAAAUCAUCAUCAUUUAGUUUUAGUAACUCUGUUAUUAUCAAACGCUGCUGCUAUGGAAGCCCUCCCAAUUCUAUUAGACACAAUGUUUAGCAAAAUUAUUUCCAUCAUUUUGAGUGUGACUUUUGUUAUGAUUUUUGGUGAAAUUCUUCCCCAAGCUGUUUUCACUGGCCCUGAUCAACUUAACAUUGCCUGCAAGCUAAUCCCUGUAGUUAAAAUAAUCACUGUUAUAUUAUUCCCGUUUAGUUACCCAAUAGCUAAAUUAUUGGAUAGAUGCUUUGGAGCAAACCAUGGAGGAAGAAGAUUACAAAAUAAAGACAUUAAAGCCCUUGUAGCGCUGCAUGAAAAUGAUGUAAUUGAAGAGUCUGGGGCAACCUCAGUAACUGGGUUGGUCUCUGGCCAAAUAAAAAUGAUUCAUGGCGCUAUUGAUUUACGAGAAGAAGUUGUAAAAAAUCAUAUGAUACCAAUUGAAAAAGUUUUUUUCCUAUAUGAAGAUACAGUAUUGGAUGAAAUUACUAUCAAUCGUAUACUGAAACAAGGAUAUUCCCGAAUACCUGUAUACUCCUCAGAAAAUAAGCAGAAAAUAAAAAAUGUGAUGCAUGUGAAAACUUUACUGUGUGCUGAGCAUGGAAAAACUAUACAGGAAUCAGGAAUAAAGCUGAGAGCUCCUUUAAGUGUGUCGCAAAAUACAACUAUGUAUGAACUAUUGGGGAAAUUUAGAGAAGGGAAAAUGCAUAUGGCUAUUGUGAGUGACGAAAAAGAGGUUAAAGGGAUUAUUACGAUGGAAGAUGUGCUGGAACAGAUUUUGAAGACUGAUAUUUUAGAUGAAGACGACUAUGAUAAGCUUACAAGCUUUCUUGCUGGAAAUCUUGUGCAAAACAAACUUUCAAGCCCACAAACAAGAACCACAAGACAGAGAAAAAGAUUAUCAGCUCUGCAUCCGAGAUUUGAUGAAUUUUCUAUGAGCACAAUUUCGAUGGCUUAG